GGCGGUUGCUAUGGCAACAUAUUUCCCCGUUCCUCUUUUUCCUCAUCCCUCUCUCUCCGUCUCUGAGCUGUGGUAGGUUUACAAUGGUACGGUCAGCAUCUUGCAGCACAAUGGUUGCAAGGUGGUGAGCUGGGAGGGAAGAGUGAUUCAGCAUCAGCAAACCUCGGUUUCCGUCCAUCCAUGCUUUUUUAGUUGUUUUUCUUUCUUCAUCGCUCCCUCUUUUUUCAAAAAACGCCUUUUCUUCAUCCGCUUGAACGUGUUUAUUACGCCUCCAGCUAUGGUCACCGCAAUGUUUCUCGUCGGGAUGUUUUGAAAAGGACUGGCUCCGGACUGGGAUCGUCAUCAGCUGGCACGGAAUGGUAUUUAUGAGCAGACAUUUCUUAUAUAACUGCAGCCAACCAGUCCUGGAUGUAAAGAUAGCCUUUUGUCAGGUGUGUGUUCCUUACAGGUAAAAAAGAGGUGGAUUUGCUGCUGUGCUUUGGAUCAUUGUCCCGCUACAUAACCCAAGUGCACAUGAACUUAAGGGUUUUGGAAAACAAGUGGAUGUGUCAUAUAUUGCCAAAUAUUACAACAUGAGCAAAAGCAAAGUGGACAACCAGUUCUACAGCGUGGAAGUGGGAGACUCCACCUUCACAGUUCUAAAGCGUUACCAGAAUUUAAAGCCCAUUGGUUCUGGAGCUCAGGGAAUUGUCUGUGCGGGCUAUGAUGCUGUCCUGGACAGGAAUGUAGCCAUAAAGAAGCUGAGCAGACCCUUUCAGAACCAGACCCAUGCCAAGAGGGCAUAUCGGGAGUUGGUGCUCAUGAAAUGUGUCAAUCACAAAAAUAUAAUCAGUUUAUUAAAUGUCUUCACGCCACAGAAAUCAUUAGAGGAAUUCCAAGAUGUGUACCUUGUGAUGGAGCUUAUGGAUGCCAACUUGUGCCAGGUAAUUCAGAUGGAGCUUGACCAUGAGAGAAUGUCCUAUCUGCUGUACCAGAUGUUGUGUGGUAUCAAGCAUCUGCACUCAGCCGGCAUUAUUCACAGGGAUCUCAAACCAAGCAAUAUAGUGGUGAAGUCAGACUGCACCCUGAAGAUCCUGGACUUUGGUCUUGCUAGAACCGCAGGCACCAGUUUCAUGAUGACCCCGUAUGUGGUGACACGAUACUACAGAGCCCCGGAAGUCAUCCUGGGAAUGGGAUACAAAGAAAAUGUGGAUAUUUGGUCAGUGGGGUGCAUCAUGGGAGAAAUGGUGCGCCACAAAAUCCUUUUCCCUGGCCGGGACUACAUUGAUCAGUGGAACAAGGUGAUAGAGCAGCUGGGCACGCCCUCUCCAGAGUUCAUGAAGAAGUUGCAGCCCACAGUGAGGAACUAUGUGGAGAACCGGCCAAAGUAUGCAGGCCUCACCUUCCCCAAGCUCUUCCCCGACUGCCUUUUCCCUGCUGACUCUGAGCACAACAAACUCAAAGCAAGCCAGGCCAGAGACCUGCUGUCUAAGAUGCUAAUCAUCGACCCUGCUAAGCGGAUAUCAGUGGACGAGGCCUUACAGCACCCCUACAUCAACGUGUGGUACGAUCCAGCUGAAGUGGAGGCGCCUCCACCUCAGAUUUAUGACAAGCAGCUGGAUGAACGAGAACACUCUAUAGAUGAGUGGAAAGAACUAAUCUAUAAAGAGGUGAUGAACUUUGAGGAGAGAACGAAGAAUGGCGUUGUGAAGGGACAGCCUUCACCUUCAGGUGCAGCCAUGAACAGCAGCGAAAGCCUCCCUCCCUCCUCCUCUAUCAACGACAUCUCCUCCAUGUCCACUGACCAGACCCUGGCUUCAGACACUGACAGCAGCCUGGAGACCUCCGCGGGACCCCUGGGGUGUUGCAGGUGACUAUCCGCCUGCCUGCGCAACCCCAUGUUCUUCCGAAGAUGAAGAACCCAGCGGAUAUGACUGACAAAAUUUAAACAAUUUAAAAGAAAUAAAGCAAAAAAAUAAAUAAUGAUCAAAAUGAAUAUAUUCUGAACAAAACACAUGAGCUAUGGGAACACAGUCUGACAUGAUGAUACUCAAAGCCUGUGCAAUGUCAUUCAAAAAGCAGCAGUGGUAUUAAACUGAAGUAAAUGAGCUGAGGUAUAUGUUACUGAUCCUCUAGUUGCUUUGCUUAGAUCCUCCCUUACACAUGUCUUGUAUGUGGCAUCCAAACAACAAACCUGCACCUCUUGUAAAGUACAUUUUGGCUGGCUUCUGGUUUCUCCUGGUUACUUCCACAAGCAUCUGUGACUGAUCACUGUGGCAAGGUGGGCUGCCAUUGUCUUCAUCACUUUUGCAAGCAAAAAAAGCUUGCCUUUUUCCUGCAUUUAACUCUUAAUCUCUGUGCAUUUCCUGAGUCACUGUCAUCCAACAUGAGUUGAAAUGUAAUUUUGUCUGACUUGUUUUUUCUUUUUGACGUCUUCAGGGAAUGUGCUCUCCCCCACAGCUACUUGUAAAUACUGUAAUUCUGUACAGCUGAAGGGAAGACAGUUUGGGACUGAAGGCCAGUACACUGAGAGUUUGUUUAUUUAUUUAUUUUCCUGACCAGUGUGUACCUUGCCACUUUACUGCUCUCCACCUCGGUUGCCCCUCUGCCUAUUGCCGUAGUUGUGCAUGAUUAGAUUAAAACAGCGCAAAUCUCACUGUAUGCUAGAAAAAAACUGUCUGUACAAAGACUUUUAUUCAUGUACAAUGUAGACUAACUCCACCGUAGACAUUAGUAGGCUGGGUCUGGUCUCAGUAGGACCAGGGUGUGUCGGUGAAACACUGGCAAGCUUAAGAGACAUAAAAUGAGAACUGAAAUAGUUGGUGUUCUCAGAAAUGAAUCGGAUUUGUGAGUAAUCACCAUGCUAUUUCCCCUGGCCGUGUGUAUUGGGUCCCUCCACCACCCCACAGGCUGGCCCACAGCUCUGCAUGUCAUUGUGUAACCCCUCAUGGUUAAAACGAGGCAGAUCUGUUUCAUUGUGGUGUAACCACACAGACUUCUCCCAAUUAUUUGGGUCCUUAAACACUAUUUAUUGACACAAAUGUAAAACAGUGGGGAGUUUUAGUGGCAGGCAAGGAGUGUUAAUUUUGGAGCUGUGACUUGUCAAAUAAACAUGUUCUUAUCAUUACUACACAUAUUUUAAAUAGGCAGCUGGAUAGUUUGCAUCUCCCAUUUUUUCUGACUGCAUGAGUCGUAAGCUGGAUGGCUCUAUUUAUUUAUACCAGUGGGAGGAAUCUUAAUAUGACAAGCUUCUUUUGGAGUGAAGGACUGCAGCUGCAGAAAUGACCAAAAAAGUCCCCAAGUGGGGACUCAGAAGGAUUCAGGAAGGUCCUGUUUACCUUCCAUUUUUUCUUCAGCCAUUUAGUCACAUUGUAAGCUCUUUAUAUGGCUUUGCCUUCAGAACAUGCACUUAUCACAUGUCUUUGGAGAUGUAUAUAUUAAUUGUUCUGCACAACUCAAUCACACACUGUUACUUUACACUGUGUGUUUGGUAAAUUGGACUUUUGUUUAAUGUAAUAUUAAGCCCAAACCCUCAAGUCCACCCUGUCUACUUAUAAGCAGAGAAUGUUCAAUAUGUCAAUCAUGAAAUUGUGUCUGAUUAAUAUUGAGGCAAAAUAGUAUAUAGCAUAAAUUUAAAGGCAACUACCUAUGCCCAAACGUAUGACCUAAAUCACCAUUGUUACUAUGAACUCCCUUUAGAAGUAAAUAUAAUUUUUUGAUAUCCUGCCAACAUCAAAAAAGCAGGCAAACAUGCAACCUCUAGGUUAUAUUUGCUUAGGUAGGUAGGAAGGAAGGUGGGAGGGAUCGAGGAAGGAAGGAAGGAAGGAAUCAGAGCAUGAAACAAAUUCACAUUUUGUAAUCUUAAUUUACAUUGUCAUAAUUACCACAUUUUAUGUUUCCCUGCAGGUGCAAUGACCCAUUAACACAAGAGUUUACGAACUCUUAACCAGAAGUUUAUUUGAACUGCACUGCAUUAACCAAGCAAACUCAUAGUUUAAAUCAUAUUUUGUGAAAUAAAUUGUAAAAAUAAAAUUCUGAAGGCUGACAUAUUUUACAUAAAACAGCAGAGAGGUGUGGAGAAUUGCUGAGUUGGUGGUGCCUGUCUUCAGAGUGUCAAUCUCACUCUCAGCAGUGCAACUUAAUUGUUCCACUGCAGUCUGACUACAACAUUAAACAUUAGUUAUUUAAAGAAUCUAAUUACACACAAAAUCCUGGCUUCACACAGCUACUUUGUUAACACUCCUGCAGCCAGUGCACAGUGUAGGUACCUUAGAUAAACUUAAUGGGACCUUCAGAGAGGGAAGAGGGUGAGUGAGGUUGAUAUCUCCAGAAUAAGCAGCGACUAGCUUGGCUUUCUGUUCAGGGUCUGGGUCAGGGCAAUCUUUUAAAAAACAGGGUGCAACUUUGAAAUGCUUUGUGUUUUAAAAAAAGUUUAAAUGAUUUUUUUCAUCUAAGGGGGUCCCCAGCUUACGUCGGCUUCUUCAUACCACAAAUACACAGUAGUGUUACAGAUUUUCUACAGGGCAUUUUUGAACCAUGUAAUCACUCUCUGUUUUCUGUAUCUUGACAUGUUCCUGAUCAGUUAGCAGAAAUACUGACACAUCUUAAUGCCUUUUUUUCCCUUUUCUGAAUGUGAACUGUUGAUCUUUUUAUUCAACAUCCUGGUCAACUUUCUUGUGAUUAAAGGUGCUUUUGAUCCUGGUUAAUGCUUCUGAAGAAAAGGGUUCUGACACAUAAACUGCUGUUUUUUUUCAACGAUGAAUGUAGAAACAAAGGGUUUCACAAGCACGCAUGUUAUUGUUCUUGGAUUUGACCAGCAAACAAUACAAGAUUGUUUUAAGAUGUGACCUAAUCCCAAGUUUUUGUGCGAUUGCUUUCAAGAAUGCGAAAGAAGAGCUCAGUUGUGUGUUUGGAAGUUGUUUGUGAUUUUAUUGGUGUUCAGUCACAUUAACCACUGGAUUCAAAAACUUUACAGUCAAUCCUGAUCCAGAUUUUUGAUCUCAAAGUAAUCUCUUGUGUAUUAAAAAUCAGCAAAAUCUAUCUGUACAUCCAUCUGUAAUCUGAGGAUGAUUGACUUGCCGUUUAGCCACAAUACUAUUGCAAAUACUAAAAAAAGGAAGACCACAUGUCACAGGUUAGGAUACGUCUUGUAGUGGUGAUCCCCAAACUAUUGAUUUUCUUCCUUACAAGUUCAACUGUAAAUAACAACACUCCAAACAUGCAAUAAACAUUUGUAUUGCACUCAAACAGGGAGGCAAGCUUCUGUGAGGGUCAGGUGAAGAGUCUACAAAAACGAAACCCUGUAUAGCUCAUCUGAAUCAGGUGACGUUGUUCUUCGGUUCUUUUCCGACUGCUUCUCUCUUGAUUCUUUUGCUCCAUACUGUUUUAAAUGAGUCAUUCUUUUUGACAUUGUCAGGUUGAAAACAAAAAGAAACUGUAUCUGUUUCACGCUGAUCUCAAAGCUUCAGACUAUAGCGUUUCGAGUAAAAGUCAAAAUUAAUGCAAAUGAAAAGAAAACCCAAAAAAAACAAAAAAAAAAUAUCGAAAGCUGUUACUGUAAACACAACAUUUUAAAGGAACUGUGUAUGUACAAAAAGUAUAUGUAUGUGAUUGAAAAUAAAGAAAACCUUUGAUCUUG